UUUUCAUAUUAUAAAUUAUUGUAUUAGGUUAUAAUGAUGAUGUAUUUGCUGCAUGUGUCUAAUUGUAUGUAUACAGAAAUAGGAAAGGUGCAAAUAUUUACUUUAAAAAGUAAAAUAUUCCUAAAGACUAAGUGUUUGCACAUUUUUAUUUUUCUUGUAAUUGUUUUCAUAUUGUAUGGCUGCAUGAAAGACAUUUUUUCUUUUUUAUAAAUAUACCUUUCUCUCUUUAAAAACUACAUCCAUUUAUUUGUCAUUAUGGGCCCCUAUUACCAUGCGCCCGCGGCCGCAGUUAUCAGUUUCCGUCUAUACAAAUAUAAUACAGCUGCACUAAGGACAUAAAGAGGCGCGUUUCGCCUUUUUUUAGCUAAAAACGCAGCGAAAAAACAGACAAAGCAGCAGAAUUAGCUCCCUUUGACAGGGGGGCGUUAACAUAUUUUACGUCUCCGUGACGCCGCAGCCCUCCCAACCCAAAAAGCUCCAACAUCCACACGGAGCGGCAGUUUCUAUCCCCAUCUCCGUCCCGUUGAAUCUGCUGUAGGUUCAGAGGAACUGAAGCUGCGUUUGAUACGGCGCGUAGCGUUGAUGCAGACCCAUGAUGGACGCCUGGCCAGCUGUGGCCUGGAUCCUGAUGCUGAUGUCAGUUUCUGAGUGGACGGAAACCGCAGAGUCACGGGAUUUCACCAUGAAGGACAUAAUUCAGCUGCAUCCUUCAAAUUUUGUCUGCCUGUCUUCUGCAGCCACACCUCAUCCAGGUGGUUUCAAAUGUUUCACAUGUCAGGACGCUGCAGAUAACUACAACUGCAACCGCUGGGCUCCAGAUGUUUACUGUCCAAAGGAUACGAGUUACUGCUACACGCUCCACAUGAUGGAUAACCAUGGCGACAGCGUUUCUGUGACAAAGCGCUGCGCGACCUUGGAGCACUGCCGCUUCGCCGGCUGCGUCAACAUCACACACAACGGCUUCCAGGUGUGCACGUCCUGUUGCCACGGAAACGUCUGCAACGUGCUGGUGCCGAGGAACGACAGCGGCGCCGUGUUCUCCUCGGCCGGGCCUCUGGUCGGCGCGGGCAGCACGCCGCGUCCCGCUGCACUACGUUACAUCACCCUCAUCACUGCCAGCAGCUGCUGGACACAUUUAAGGAGUCAAAUCAUUUAACACACAAAAUAUCCUUUAAACUAGGAAUUCUUCAAGCCUAUGUUUAUGCCUAUGUCUAUGUCAUGACUAUGUUUAACUUAUUUAUGUUGAAUAUUUAAAAAUGCAUCACUUUAUUAUUUUCUAUGCAGGUUUUUUUUUUUUUAAUAAAAUAAACUGUAAAUGUGAUUUGGAUGAUGUUUUACCCAGAGGAGAAGCUCUAUGGGAUUUUCUGAUAAACACAAAAUAUUGUAUAAAUGUUACAAUUUAAAUUGGUACUUUGCUAUUUUUUAUUUAUAAAUUUGAGACAAGUGUGGAAUACAUUUGCUUUCCAAACCUUUCAGGCAGAAGCGAGAAACUUUUAAUAGCUUGUGGUUGUAAGAGAACAAAAUUUAAUUUAAAAAAAAUUAUUGAAAGGGGUUUUAAUUAUUUUCCAAGGCAACAUGUAUUAUCAGAAAUCAAAACAGAGCUUGUGAGUAAAAUCUUGAACCAUUAAAGUCAUUCAACUUUAAUCUAAUUCCAGAAGAACAAUUUAGGAAAAGAUCAUCUUCUGUCCCAUGCCUCGUUUUACCAAGAUACAAAUCAUAUUUAUUGACCGAUACAAGGCAGAACUAAGUGCUAUUUUAGAUUUGUGACUGAAAAUAUAAACAUAUUUAAGACGUUUUGAUGCACUAAAAUGACCGUGCAGGAAGAAAACAAGAACAGCUGUGGAAGCAUUAUUCUGGUACUCUUAAUUAAAUGCUUAUUUCAUGUUUUAACUUUUAUGCAUUUUGGUUAAAAUUUUGUCUAAUUUUUCUGUGAAUAAACUGAUUAAAUAGUUGCUUCCUGGAAAUGAAGUGAGUCCAGCCUGAAAGGAAAACAUUUUAUUAGCAGUGCAUUACGACCCGAUGUCGUUCCAGCGAACGUGUUCAUGUCGUUUUGAGGCUUGUUCUUGUUCCUCACCUGGGAAUUUCAUAAAUACAAAUAUUCUCUAAAAAUAUCAACACUUUCUACAGAUUGAACAUAUUGCAAAGUUGGCGUUUGGAGCGCGGGUCCUCCCUGGAUGUAGUGAAGGGUGUGAAGUCGUUAACACUGACAUGUCCUUACAGAGACCCAGAGUUUUAUCACACAUCUGAGCCAAAAUCAAAACAUCUCACACCAC